GUGAUACAACAGAAAACAUGUCGUUGUUCGAUCAUCUGGAUUUCGCGGCGUUCCAGCUGCUCGUUCAACCCUAUUUCACGACGCUUGUGAAACUCAGCGCGUCCUUCCUUCCGACCUACGGUGGGCAGCUACUCAACGUUGUUGUCGCCUUUUUGAGCACUCUAAACGGACGUACUCCGGACUUCUACAACCAGGACAUUCCCCUCGUGAGUCCAUCGAUGCUCCUCGAAUCAUAUGACUACAUCGUCAUCGGUGGCGGCAUCGCAGGAUGCCUGAUGUCGAAGCGUUUGGCCGCCGCUAACUAUACGACGCUCCUCAUACAUGGGCCGGGCUCUCUGCCCAACGCCCUUCCGAGGGUUCCGCUGUUCAACGCUCUGUUGCACGGCAAUCCCGAACACGACUUUUCUUACGACGGACCGUACAUUCCGCAAACGCAUUGGAGGAACCAUACCCCUCGAUACAGUUCCGGCACAGAUUUGGGCGGCUCCGCCGUACUAAGCGCUCAGAUGUGGUCUUAUGGUAAGAAAGGGGACUACAGGUCGUGGAAAGAUCUGUACAAUCUGAGUCCGGACUUCGACUACGCGAAUCUGAGGAAGUUCGGGGAGAAACAUGAGGACGCUGCGACGGAAAUCAACGGCACCGAUUUCGCGUACGGACGCGAGGGCGAGAUUCAGGUCAGAUUCUCUCCCACUUGGUCACCUUUCGCGAGACUGCAGAACUUGUUCGAAGAGACUGCGGCCAGAGUGACGCAAACUGCAAUCGUCGAAGACCAUAACAGCAACGCUCUGGGAUUCGGGAAGAUAAUUACCGCUGUGGAACAUCGGCGCAAUACCUCGUACAUCAGCACGCCGACGCGAGCCUUCUUCGAAGGAGACGUACCGGAGAAGCUCCACAUUCUCACCGAGCAUAUGGUGCAGAAGAUUCUUUUCGACACAUCGGUUCAGCCUCCCAAAGCUAACGGUGUGCAAUUCAUCUCCGUCGCUCACUCGUUCUUCGAACCGAAGCAAUUAUCGGCUUUUGCGAAUAAAGCUGUGAUCCUCUCUGCUGGAGCGGUGAGAUCGCCUCAACUGCUGAUCCUUUCCGGAGUGGGUCCGAAACCUGUGCUCGAAAAACUCAAAGUCGAACCUGUCGUAAUCCGCGAAGGCGUGGGUCAGAAUCUGCACGAUCACUACGAUAUCGGGAAAGCGACCGUUUGCUUCUCAGAACCCACGAAAGGCUACGAGGAUCUCAGUCUCCAAAGGGUGUUCCAAUUCAUUCAGGAUGGCUCAGGACCGCUGGGGACGAGUUUCGGAGUAGAAAGCGUGGGAUUCUUCAGAUCACGAAUGGAAAACCUCACGACCUGUCCCGAUCCCAACGAUGCGGAAACAUGCCAGCCCGACUUCGAGCUGAUCCUACAGUUUAUCGGUCAGAACACUCCUCUGACUGCUAACCACUACUACGCCGACGGGAUAACACAGGAAGGCUUGGAAAUGUUCUAUCAAGCAGGCAGGCCGGAGCGCAAGGACAGGUCGAAAAUCAAUAUAUACAACAAACAGACCGAAUGCCUCCUCUUGACGCCGACCCUCCUCCAUCCGGAAUACAGAGGUCAGAUCACUCUCACUUCGGCCAGUCCCUUGGACAAACCCAUUAUCGACCUCGACCCCACGAAGAACGAAAGGGACAUGAAACUUUUCGGUGAAUUGUGGCAAAUGGUCAAGAAUAUCACGAAUGAAGCCUUCGGCGGACUGAGCGGAAAGUUCGUAGACGAAACCUUCCCCGAAUGCGAGAAUAUUCGGGACCGGGACUCGAUCGAAUACGGAACUUGUCAAGCAGUCCCGUACAUCCGUACGGCAUGGCAUAUGGCGGGUACGUGUCGUCUCGGGAAGGCAGAUGAUCCACUCGCCGUCGUCGACGAAAACUUCAACGUUAUCGGAGCUCAAAACCUCAUGGUCGCAGAUGGCUCGGUCGUUCCAUACCCGACUAGUGGACACAUGCUCGCGAUGAUAUCCGCGCUGGCCGAGAAGGCAGUCGAUCGUUUGAUCGCCAAAUCCGAUGCUGUUCCAGGAACGAAGUGAGAACGCAUGUCUUCAUGGAGAAAAUCAGAGGAGGACGUCUCGGGGCUUCCGUAAUCCCUCCGUUCCAGAUCUUCUCCGUGAAUUCGUUUUCACCGUCUCCCUCUAAGGAAGGACGCAAAAUCCGCCUCGUGUCUAGCAAGCAGAGAGCUUCAACUCAUAAUGACCGGCUUCACGGGCUUUGGGGAAUCUUCUAGCGCUGUCUUCUCCACACAUUCGGCUUCUCGGAGAAAUUCCCGGAGAACACAUGCGCUCGCAUUCUUCCAGAUUCGGAGAUGAUAAAUUUCCAUGGGUAUUCCCAACUGUUCAUAAGAGCUGUACAUCCAUUCCUUCCCCUCCGAAUUGAGUGAGUCAUUCCAAUAC